UUGAAUUAUUUGAUGAUUCUAUAAUAAACAAAAAAAUUAGGAGGUGUUUAGUUUCCGAUUGGAUCAACGAAGCAUUGAGGUUCAUCGACGAUGAGUUCUUUCUUCCACAACGUGGACUGGCACCAUGAAUCUUACCCUGCAUAUCGCGAUUUCUACUUUCUCCCCCUUUUCGCUCUCUUCUUUCCAUCCAUACGCUUCUUUCUCGACCGAUUCUUCUUUCAGAAAUUGGCCAGACGAUUGAUUUUCGGAAAGGGGAAUGAGAAUCUCGACUUGCACACGGAUGAGAGAAGAAAAAAGAUUAGGAAAUUCAAGGAAUCAGCUUGGAAAUGUGUUUAUUAUCUUUCUGCUGAGAUUCUGGCUCUCUAUGUAACUUAUGACGAACCCUGGUUUACCAAUACGAGAAACUUUUGGGUGGGGCCAGGGUCUCAGGUCUGGCCAGAUCAAAAGACCAAGUUGAAAUUGAAGGCGGUGUAUAUGUAUGCAGCUGGGUUUUACUCAUACUCCAUUUUUGCUUUAAUAUUUUGGGAAACCAGGCGCUCCGACUUUGGGGUGUCCAUGAGUCACCAUGUUGCUACUGUAAUUCUCAUUGUGCUGUCUUACAUUUUUAGGUUUGCUCGUGUUGGAUCGGUUGUGUUAGCAAUUCAUGAUGCUAGCGAUGUGUUUCUGGAGAUAGGGAAAAUGUCCAAAUACAGUGGUGCUGAAACAGUGGCUAGCUUUGCUUUUAUUCUAUUUGUUUUAUCUUGGAUCAUAUUGCGCCUCAUUUACUACCCGUUCUGGAUUCUCUGGAGUACAAGUUAUGAAGUUCUGCUCACGUUGGAUAAGGAAAAGCACCGAGUGGAUGGUCCAAUAUAUUAUUAUCUGUUCAAUAGUCUUCUGUACUGCUUGCUUGUUAUGCAUAUUUAUUGGUGGGUGCUGAUAUUUCGGAUGCUUGUUAAACAAAUCGAAGCAAGAGGGAAAGUUAGUGAAGAUGUUCGAUCUGAUUCAGAUGAAGACGAACAUGAAGAUUGAGUAGGGAAGCAAACGCAUGAUGUAAUCUUUAGACAAAGAUGUAUGAUUAGCUUCAACCUUUUUCUGUGCCUUUGGCCACAAUGCUAAUAUUUUCAAAUCUUAUUCAAAUUUGAGAGGAUUGUAUCUAUACGGAUUGGAGUACAGACUUCGGACCUGGUAUAAAAAGGGCAACAGAUGGAGAAAAUUUUUAUUCUUCUAAACUCUUGGUCUAUACUGCACAUCCUGAAGUUUAGGUCGUACUGCCUGACAUUUGCUUAAGACUUUGACUUUUCCUGAUUAUUUGUCCCUCGUUCAAAUUACAAGUAUUGUGUCCAUUAAUGUUUUCUGCACAGAUGUUAUCCUCUUGGUUUUCAUUUAUUGGAGAAGAAAAUUAUUGGUCUUAGUCGCCGCGGUUCUGAACUUGUUCUGGGUUAUGUUGAUUCGUGGAAUUCAGCUUUAAUUCACAAUUAAAUAAAAAGGAAAAGCUUGUUGUAAA